UUUACAGCUGGUGUAGCUAAGGUGUCAUAAAAGUGACCAAACAACAAGCAUAUUGAUCUCUUGUCGAUGAGAGUCAUCAGGUGGUUCUCAUCCUUCUGGUCGGUGACGCUGUUGAGCAAAAAGAAAGUAUAUAUCGGAGUCUUGGAUUCACUCAGUGCAGCGAAAUACGUGCAUCCUGGACUUCAACCUUCACCCUCGUGUUCAUUAAGCAGCUCCACUCUAUACAGUCAUGACCAGAAAGAUCUGUCCUGGACAAAUGUUGACCAAGGGGGCUGUUCACACAGUGUGGCGCUAAAAUACAGUCGAUGUCAGCAUUCAUUUAAUAUGCUAAUAUGUUUUUAAUAUGCUGAGUGACUGCUACACGCCAUAUGGCAGACCGGCAAAGUGCUGAGCAGGCAGUUGUACGGGUUUUUGUUGUUUGUUCUUUCGUCUGUGUUAAUCUCCCAAUCUGUUCAUCCAUGCACUUUGUGUCUGUCGUAGUGUCAUCAGUUGGCCGAUGCUUGUGUUUCUUGUAUGGUUGACUGCGCGUUCGUUUGUAGUCUUUCGUGCACAGCGCGCUGAGCUCGCCUUCGCACGGCAACUGCGCUUCACAACUUCUGGGGUCCACCCCUCAUCCACCUCCCCGGCGCCAACUCUCCCUUUCUGGCCUUCUGUCACAACCUUUUCCUUCCGGCCUUCUUUCUUUCUCUCUGCUUACCCUUUAUCUCUCUUUCUCACUUACCUUUCCCCAUCACACACGCACAUGCACGCAUGUAACGACGUGUGCAUGAAAAAGACACGCGUGUGCGUUCAUGUACGUGUCGACGUUGAGAUAUGUCUGUGCCUUACAAAUACCACGGUGUGUAGUUUAAUUAUGUCAACGACAGUUCUCUGUUCUUUAUCAAGGUGCAAUGCCACAGAAUUCCUUACUCGUCGAGUGAGUCCUCUUCCGCGGCUGGGCGUACAGUACAGAAAGUUGAUUCUACCAGUAGGUCAAGAGUAUAAGCAGCCGUUUAAUAACACAAUGGGUGCAGCGUGGGAAGAGAACUGCAUCAGGCAAGCCUUGUGCAGGUUGAAGUCCACCAGCGGCAUGAUGGUGUUUGACCAGGCGACGGCGGACAUUCUGACCGGCCAUCUCCGGCUGGAAGACAUCCCUUCUGUUACUCACCGCGUGGUGAGAGUCUACGUCUGCUCGACUGGCGCAGAUUCCAAAGCGGAGCGAUCAGCGUUUGUGAGCACGGUCUAUCCAAAGCUGCGAGAGUACUGUCGAAAUCAGUACGGACUGCAGUUCCAGGUUGUGGACUUGAUGUGGGGUCUGACAAAUGACAGACUACAAGCUGACCGGGACCUGAUGGCCAUGAAGGUGCGGGAAAUUUUCCGCUGUCAAGCGAUGUCUCUAGGACCGAGUUUUGUGGCCUUCAUUGGGCAAAAGUAUGGCGAAGAGGUUCUUCCCAUAAACAUCUUCGCUGAAGAGUUCGACGUCAUCCGGGCAGCUUUAGAGGUGCACAAAGGUCGCGACACGCGCAACUCCGCUUUGCUGGACCAGUGGUACGUCAGGGAUGACAACAACAUCCCCCCUGUGUACGUCCUGAAGCAAACAGAUGAACAGCUCUUCGAGGACUGCACGCAGAAAGAAGAUUCUUCUGGAACGAUGAGCAAGGAGGUGAUCGCGGCUCAACAGAAGGAACUCCGACAUCUACUAAAGCGUGGCGCGGAGCUGGCCUACCUCAACGGUAUCAUAGACAGCGACACCAAGUACAAAUACCAAACAUCAGAGCUGGAGCAGGAGGUGCAGCAUGGCAUCGAGCAUUGCGACAACCCGCACCGGCGCUGCGUCCUGAUCCUGCGCGACAUUGCGGACCUGGACAACUACCUGGCGGACGAACGCACGCCUGUCUUCACAGACGUGGUGUACAACUCGCGCACCGAGCGCGUGGAGGUGGAACCCGAAGCCUCCGAGCUCCUGCAACGCCUGCGCAAGCGGGCCACGGGCCUCAUCUCGCCACGCAACACCCUCGUGCACGACGUGCUGUGGCGAUUCGAGGAGGUCAUCAGCCCACAGCUGCACAAGACAUACAUUGACAAACUGUGCAACCAAGUUGAAGAAGUCCUGAAGCGCCUGAUUGACGAGGACGCCUUGGAGCAUCCGACGGAAGCCGAGCUGAUGCCGGUGGCUACGGAAGCUUUGCUGCACUGGUCACGGUGCAAGAUGGCGGCCACUGACUCCUGCUGCCACAAGGAACUGCGCGAGACCAUGUGUGUUUACGUCACUGGCUAUUCGGACCGCCCUCUCGUGGUGCACGGGCAAGCUGGGUCCGGGAAGACAACUCUGGUCUCUAAUUUUGCGCUGGAGGUACCGGAUCUUGUCGGCAACAACUGUUUGUGUCUCCUCCGCUACAUAGGUCUGACACGUGAAAGUUCUAACGUCCGAGACCUGCUUCACAGCCUGUGCACUCAGAUAACCACAGCCUUGGGCUGUUUGCCUGAUGAUAUCCCGUCAGACACGAAUGACUUACAGAGGUUCUUCCCAAAACUCCUGGCAGCCGUUCCAGUGGACCUCACCGUUGUUGUGAUUUUAGACGCCAUAGACAAGAUUUUGCCAGACUACGACGCUCACCUGAUGAAGUGGCUACCUGUGCACUUGCCAUCGCACGUGAAAAUCAUCGUGACCACCCUGCCCAACCGCCAUAACAUCUAUCAUCGCCUGCGAGAGGAGGUUCUGACCGGCUCCAACUGGUUCUUGCCUGUGGGCCCUUUAACGGGGACACUUACAAAUGAACAGAUGCUUACCGUCGCGAGGAUGAUUCAAAAUGACUCCUCUCCCCUGCGCAUCAGACUCCUCUCGGAGGAGCUCAAGACCGUGACGUCAUCUAUGAACACUGCCACCUUUUGCUUUCCGAACACCUGUUCUGAAGCGAUACAAAGAGUGUUUGACCGCCUGGAGGCUAGGUUUGGUCGUCUACUGGUGGCCCGCAGCAUGGCGUACAGUGUAGCGUCUGUGACCGGUCUUUGCGACUGCGAAAUGGAGGACUUGUUGUCACUGGAUGACGGCGUCCUCAAUGAAGUGUACAUCUCCCAUCAUCCCAGCGUCCGGCGUAUACCCUACUUGACGUGGCAUCAGAUACGCAACGAAAUCCAGAGCUUUCUUUUCCCCAGAGAGAGAGACGGGGUGACCGUGUCCGCGUGGGAGCACAGCCGCUUCGUUGACGUCAUAGAGGCCCGCUAUCUGACUUCCCCUGAGGACAUCCAGCACGUGCACUCAGUGCUGGCUGACUACUUUCUCGGCGCGUGGGCAGACCGACCAAAGCCGGUGGAGGCGACGGACAGCAUGCCGAAAGGCCUGGAUGGAAUCGAAGAUGACAGGCGGGUUCCUAGGCAACCUCUGACCUUCCGGGAAAGCGGUGAUGGGCAGGAGACCAGGUUCAACAUGCGAAAGUUUGAGCAGCUGCCUCGCCAUCUGGACCUCUCUGGUCGCCAUGAGGACCUGGACCGCCUGGUGCUGUUUAACUACGACUGGCUGUACCAAAAGAUCAAGGCUUUUUCUCUGCACCACGUCCUUACCGACUUUAGGCUUAACCCCUGCGAUGAAGCCAACCUAGUUCAGCAAGCUCUUCAAAUGGCAGCCCCCACCAUCAAAUGCAACGCCGACAACCUUCCUGCUGAACUAUCGGGACGACUGCUGCAUUACUACACCACACACCCCAACAUCCGCUCCCUCAUCAAUCAGUGCGAUACAUGCGGGCUGAAACAGUGCUGCCUGCUGCCAAACUUCGCCUACCAACAGGUGCCGGGAUCAGCCCUGCAGUACACGCUGUACUGCCCUGUGGCCUGCGAUUUCUUGGGUUUCGUCUUUGACGAGCGUUACCUGCUAGGCAAGAAGAAGGACGACAGCAUCGUCUAUGUCUUUGACCUCCUGAACGGGCAGCUGAAGGACACCGUCUUCACCUCCAACGGUGAGCUCCACGUCACGCCUGACGGCCAGCACUUGGUCAUCGUGGACCACGUGACGGAGAAGAGCAUCAAGAUCCACGAGUCGGGCACCGGCAACUUCGUCAGCCAGGUCAUCAUCCUCAACUACUUAAAGGUCAAGGCAGAGGGCGUCUAUCACGCAGGGCCCCUCUCUCUGAGCAACGACCGCAUGUGCGCCAUCGUUACCACGGACACCAGCUUCCUGUGCAUUGCUAAUGUGCCGACGGGCGAGGUGCUGGAGAUCGCGGUGCUGGACGGGCGGGCCACGGUGUGCCAGAUCACACCGGACGGCCGCUACGUCUUCUGUAACUCCAACGAGUUCCUGCUGUCCUACGACUUGUAUAACCUGCAGCACAUGGCCACCGUCCCCGUGGGCUACAGGCCGACCUGCCUGGUCUUCACGGCAGACAGCCAGCGCGCCUUUCUGGCCGGCCCGACGGAGGGCAAGCUGCUAGUCGUGCACACACACGGUGGAGUGGUGGAGAUGUGCUACAAGUCCGUGCUGCAGGACGCUCUGGCCGACGACCCCAUCCGCGCGCUGGACGUGUCCCCUGACGACAACUACGUUGUCAUCCGCUGCAACUACCAUGUGCUGGUGUACCACAAGGUGGAGGAGCGACUGAAGGCGAAUUUUUCCAAGCCUGUGGAGGUGCCCGAGGAGUUCCGGUUGCCGAAUAGUGGUUACCGCGAGCUGAUCUUCACCAGCGCCGCAUUCACGCGCGACAGUCAAGGCGUCAUCGCCGCCCUCUUCAGAAAGAUUUACAUCUGGGAUAUCGGCACUUCCAACCUGCGUGUUGUCAUAAAGACUCCUAUCGGCAUCAUCACCAAGCUGCUGGUGUCGAUGCGGAGGAACCAGCUGAUUACGCACGUGACCAAUGCCACUGACGUGCACGUGUGGAACGUGGAUGCGGCGCUGCGGCAGCUACCCGUGCUGGACCGUCUGACGGACGCCGUGCAGGAGCUGCAGGUCACACGGCGCGACACCAUGGUCUUCGUCAAGUGCCAAAACAGCGAUGAGGUCGGGGUCAUAGACAUGCGCACUGGCACCUUACUAGAUCUCUUGACUCACGAAACAAAGGUUCGGGACUUCGCUGUAACGCCCAAUGGCGAGCGAGCUCUCGUGUGCACCGUGCCCCGCCUGAGCGGCACCGCCACCAAGCUGUGGGACGUGCCAGCGCGCAGGAUAAUCCUCGAGUUCGGUGAUUCUGCCGGUUGGUGCGUGUCAGCCCACACCAUCAACGCCAUCCUGUACAUUAGCCAGUCGCAGCCUUCAUUCGAAGCAGCCUACGACAUCACCGUGUAUCACUUCUACGGCGAGCAGUUCACGAUCCGCGAGAACCCCGGCGCGUGCCGCUUCCUGCGGGUCAAGCCGCAGCUGACGUAUGACGACCGCUACCUGGUCCUGUCCUCGGCGCUAGGCUUCGACUCGCAUACUGGCCUCUUUCGCUCUCCGUGCGUCGUGGUCUUCGACGUGGCCGACAGCAUGCGCCGUAGCUGUUACGACGCCACCAGCGUGGGCCUUGAGGAUGUGAUGGACGACGUCGUGGCCGUCCAGCCGUGCGCCCAGCGCGAGAGUUUGGUGGUCGUGAUCAUCUCCCUUCGCUUAUCUCUGGACCCCUCCGUCGCCACGAUGCCCAACGGCGAGACCCGUUCAACAUCCUCUUCUGACUCAUCGUCCAGACCACAGUCGGCCAUGUCCUCUUUCCAGCAGUUUGGCUUCUUCAUCCUGGACGUCUCCACAGGUACCAUCACUGCCAUGUGUCUGGAUCUGCCGCCACAACCGAGGACGGGCCCGACCUUAUCGCCAUCACUGAUUUUCUCCAGCGAUUUUCAGUUGUGCUUGGACGGCAAUGCCUUCCUGUUCGAGAUCGACCAAGGGUGCGUGUUCAGGGGCCAGCUGCCCCUUCCAGGCGUCCCUAAGGCCUUCGCUCUUGGCGGUGCCAUGGUGGUAUACGUGGCGGACGAGCACCAACUGGUCGUCGUGAGAGUUCAAGAUGGCUGCGUCCUGGGACGCUGCGAGGUGCACGCCCGCAUCUGCCUGCUGCGGCUGUGUUCAGACGAGCGCACGCUGCUUGUCGGCUGUGCUGACGGGACGCUAACCUCAUACGUCAUCGUCGACCCGCUGGUUGGUGGCGGCGUGAGAAGCAGCCAGGGGUCGCUUGAGGGGGUAGCCCACCGCGACGUCGUCCGUGACGAGGAGCAGAAAGUGAUACUGUCACGCUCCUGGGACAAGGUGGAGAUAAAGUCCUACCCCGCUUACUCGCGGCCUCCCUCCGCCCUUCGACCAGGCUCCAACGACAAGGAGAUUCUGCAGCAGAUCCAGCCGGUACCCCGGGUGCGCCCAAGGUCAGAUUCCCUGCUGUACCUCAGGAAGUCUCAGGUCUGCAGCGUCAUGUAGCAAAGUUCCACUCCUCCCCUUCAACCCUGUCCCACAUCCCUCUCCACCACCACCACCACCAAGUUGUGUCUGUUCGGGAUGUCAGUCUUUGUGUGGCGAUGCCCACCUGGACCCAGCGUUUCGCUGAUGUGAUCACGGCAAUUUGUUUUUAUUUCUCUCGAUUUUCGGAAGCAGUUUACACUGCAUUGUCUCGUAUUUGCUUGAAGAAGUGUAGGAGACGAGGACAGUGGCGUAAGGAAGGUCAAGACUGCACUGGAUGCAGCUCUCUGGAGUUUUUAUGUAGACCCCUGAGAUUUUUGUGCCCAGCCGACGCCCUAAAGUCUCGCUUCGGGACAUUCACUGUAUGCGACACCUACUCACAGGGCUGGCCGAGUUCUACGGUUUACUCCAUACUCUCUCUCUAUAUAUAUCUAUAUGCCCUUCAUAGUGCGAAAUCACCUCAAGGUGGAAGUACUUUCCCGCCAAAGCGACCAGCCAUGUGCCAGCUUUUAAACCCACGAGACAUCCAGACUUCUGUAUCUAUGUUAUGUAUCGUUUUAUGCCCCAUUCCCUCUAGCGACGUUUGGUCCAUAGGCUACUAAGUAACGCUAAUUUUUUAUGAAUUAACGUUUACUGCUUGUAGAUAUAAUGCUACUCCAAAUAUGUAAAGAGGACUUGAUGCUACUGCUUUAAAACUCUUCUGUCCGCCACAGCAGAAGCUCUAGGUGUAGAACAUGAGUCAAGAACAUCUUUGCAGGUGGUAAAAAUGAACAAGCUAAAAAAAUAGAGUGCAUGAAGACUAAGAAUGUACGAUCGGGAAAGAAACGAUAGUAAGUAGAGGGUAACCUCCCCUCGUCACAACAAACUGCGUGUGAUGCGUGAGACCAAGUCAGAACUCGUGUCUCAAACAGGUGGAGCCGCUCUGACUGACAAAUUCUAUGCAUAUUUUUAUUGGCUUGCUUCUGUCUUAGACACGUGUCGUUUCAGCCCAGUCACCCUACACCAAGUGCCUCCGCUGACCGUUAUUUGAGCCGUGAGCCACAUUUACUCACUAUCAUUUUUUCCCAUUUCAGAUCGUGUCGUUCACAUUAAGGUAACAGAUGUUGACUUCACUGUUGGGAAAAUAGAAUCUGAGAAUGUUCGUUUAGCUUUCAGAUUCUGUUCAAAUUCUUUUCAAGCCUUGUGCGUUUGAUUCGAGUAUCUAAUGCUUUUGAACCUUGAAUUUGAACUUGCUUGCAUGCGUUGUCUGACUUCAGUUGUUUGUCCUGGGCUUUGGGUAUUCUUGCUUGCUUUUAUUUAUUUAUUAUGACAUAUCGAUGUUUCGAUUUUUGAGCUUGAGAAUCUGAGAACGAUUACUUCGUAUUUUUCUGUUUGAGAAUGAUUCGAUUGUGAAAUUGCUGGGAACAUAUUCAUCGUAUGUUCUUUAUCUUUGAUUGAUCUUUGUUUCGGCAGAGGUGUUUAGAACAUGGGGAUCUCGUAUGAUGGUAUGUCGCUGUAGUGUAUGUUACCAACAGUAUAUUAGUAUGUGUCCACAGUAUCAUUCAUAUGGUAGUAACAGUAUGUUACCAACAGUGUCGUAUGCAGUCUUAAGUGUAAUUUUGCCGAAAGACUUCCUGUGUGGGAAUGGUUUCGUAAUCAAGCAAAUUAUUUAAAGAGAUCGUCUACACAUAAAAUGUCAAAGCGGAGAAGAUAUUUAAAGUGCAUUCGUCCAACGAGCGCAGAGAUGCAGAAAUUAUGGUCUACGAGUAAAUUACGAGAUGUUGCUUGAGUAGAGCACGUUGAGCUAAUGGGAAAGGUGUUUCCUAGCAUGAACUGAACAAUGUUGCUCUCUUCCUCUGCUCUGUCUUCAAAUGUGUCUGACAUCGUCUUGCUUGUUUUUCAGACCCAAACGUCUUCUUGGAUGUGUCUGUCACGCCUUGUCUUGGUCCGUAUGAUGUAACACCCCGUUGUUGUUUCUCGGUCAUAAGGCUCUCACAUUUUGUGUAUGCACCCCCGCCCCUAGCCCCUGUGAAACAUGUUCGCCCUCAAUUAACGGUUUGGAUAGCAAGCCUUCCUCCCUCCCCCUUCCUCACACACACAGGUGAACACCUUAGGAAACGAUUUCCCUUUCCACAACCAGAAACACCAGGCGAGCUGCCAGACUGAGGCCGGAAGACCAUGGCUGCGCAGGUGGCGACAAAGGUGCUUCACAGCAGUGACCUUGCACGUGCUGACAUCACACACCCGGUGAGCGUGACCUCGGGGAACACUAGGACGAACAGCAGGAAUCUCAUGUCAUCGGUGUUGUGGUGACGAAUUCUGACAAACCUGGAUCCUUACCCGUGACACUGCCUUGGUUGUGAGGACAGGCCCCUCAUUGACCAGGGAGAAGGUUUUUUUGCUUUGCUGUUUGUUUAAAUGACCAGUCGUGCGGCUGUGUAUGUACAAUCCUCAUCAACCUCAUAUUUCGGUGAAUGCUUUAUAUUUGAACAUAAUGGCGUUUAAAUGAUGUUAUGAAUAUUCAGUUUUUGUACCUAUUAAUGGGACGUCCUUGCUUCGGCAGGCUGUGAUUUCCAUUGUGAUAAUCAGUAUUGUUGUGUCGACUAGAUGACUUGCAGCCACAGUCUGUCUGACCAGUCUUACGUUCCCUGACCGACGUGUAGUGUAAAGAAGAUAAUUCUGUCUAAGUUUUCAUGGUUCUACAAAUCAGUGGCAUAGGAAGCGAUGCGGCAGGGAGAGGGCAGUCACCCUCUAAAUGAGAUACUGAAGAGGCCAGAAUGUGAUCGUUCACUGUCAAUACAGUCCUCCCCUGCUUCCCUUACUUUGCCAAAGCCAAGCAUCUUCCUACCCACUGACAAGUUCAUCGCAAGCAAACGGUGAGAGGAACCGAUUAAUGGGAGACAAAUCUGGCAGUAGCCGACAACAACGAAGUUCAAGAGUUGUAGCCCUUGUGGUUCAGUUUCAAGUUUGGACUUUUUAACACACACAAAAAAGUACUUUUUCUGCUUAAUGGCCAUUAUAUGUUUCUGCAUAUGAUAAAUACAUAUUAAAUUUUCGAACUUAGGAGAAGAAGGGAUGUCGGAGGUUUUUUUGUUUGUUGUUUUUUGUUUGUUUGUUUUGUUGUUUUUUUGGGGUUAGGCGGGGGUAGGCGUGAGGGGGGGGGGGGUAGGCGUGAGGGGUUUAGGAUUUUGUCUUGUACAAAACAGCAGACGGAGAGGACUUGGUUAUCGAUAUUGUUUUUACUGACGUCGAAUGUCUUUGCAGAUAAGGGAACCCAAAGGCCUUCAAUUUCAUCAUUUUUAUGAGGAUAUUGACUGGCCACAGACUGGAACUGUUAUGUGCUCGAGCUUUCACUCGAAAUUAUUUAUCUGCAGGUUAUUCAUGCCAAUGAAAGAAAAAGCAGCUGCUGCUUCUAUUAACUACAUUUUUUAAACAAUUGACUUUAGCUUUUAAAAGAUAAAAAGGUUUCAAACUUAAUGGAAAAUAAUACCAGAUUGAAACAACCCAAUAGAAAAUAAAACUUUAAAAUUUAUCAUUUAAGUUUCCAUCUUGUUUUUCUGGGUGAAUACGAUGAUUGUUCGAUUAUAACUUUUUGCUCGACUAAGAAACAUGAAAACGAUGAUACAUCUGGCUCAGAUUUUUCCCCGGAUCGGCUAUUAUGUUGAUACUGCAAUGGCGACUGUCACGGACCAGUCCGUGCCUCCGUGUUUUUCAGAGUAUUUUUAACCCCUUUGCAAUUUACGGACUGCAGGUGUAUGUUGACUGCAUGGCUGAAUGGAUGAGAACGUUAGAUGGGAAAGGGUUAACUGUGACGGAAAGUGUUUGGUGAACACUGUUCACGAGUAGGUUUUGGCGGGAACAAGGGAGGAAAUUUACUGAGGCCCGGGAUACCGAGGGAAGAAGACGAGCCUGAGUCACGAGUUGUAACUGUCCCGAGCUGAUAUUAGAGAGUAGACCAGGGUGGCGCGGUACUCACCCGUUUUUAGAUUAACAUCGCCUAGACGAGGUAUGACAUCUUUUUCUAUUAUUGCUUUUAGAAUUGUAUUAGAACUCAUGCAUAUUUCAAAGUUGUAAACACGAACAUAUGAGAGAAAGAUGUGUGAACUGGAGAACAUUGUUUAGAAUUGUAGUAUAGUGAAACCUCGAGUUACAGGUUUUAAUUGUAUGGACUAAAAGACCUGGAGCUCUUCUGGAUGAGGAAGAAUCGUCUCCUAGGACCAUUCCUUGAUCGCCUCUGGUCCAGCAGCACGUGGGCUAGGAGCACCGUUAGCUCCGUGACGUCACCGCUGUGACCCCGGCAACCACGACCUUACACGGCCUUGGUGUGUGGAUUUGUGUUAUUGAAUCUAGUUGUUGGAGAUGUGGACAACGACAACCCUAAGAGGGACGAUGAACUGUGAGUAACGUGCUCAACGAUUGCUAUAGCGGUGAUAAGUUAGAUAAUACAACAGGAACUUUGUUGCUGAACAGGAAAGUGUGCGAGGAAUGUAAUAUUUAUACCUUGAGAUAUUGGACUGAGACUGAUCGGGGGAGUGCCCCGCAUGUAAACAUCGUUUAUCGUUAGAUGUUCGGAGCCUUUAGAAUAAGGUGUUGAGGCGAGUUGUUAUUAAUGUGUAUUUGUGUUGUAGUCUGUAAAGUCCUGAGCCGCUCGACAACGAAAUGAACAUGUGGCAGCCUCA